GAUGGUUCUACAACUCGUAUCUAAUGCGGAAACUUUCCACGGAUACAAAACUUUUCUGACAUUUGCACAAAAUAUUUCUAUUGCUGAAAAAGUUUGUAUGUAUAUGCACAAUAUUCCUACAGCUACAAAAAGUUUUCUAAACAUGUACAAAAUAUUUCCACUGCUACAAAACAAUUUGUACUUGCACACAAAAAGUGCAGGUGACCCUCGUUUGAUUCCAUAUUCUGAGGUUUGAUGGAUUGAAGAGCUGGAAUUAAAAAGGGUUGUAAAACAUUGAAAUGCGGAAAACCAACCCAACCUGGCAACACACCUGACAGCCAAUCACUGAGGAGACUGGGCCAGUUGAUGAGAUCAUGUGAUUUACACGGCAUAUCCGCAGCGCUGAUCUACAAAUCAUACGAGCUUGCCUCGGCGCACUGUGUCACAUCAGGCGUGUCCGCUCCAGUCACGGGGGCCUCCGUGUUUUCUUAAAGGUUCCGGGGAACACCUCGCGAUCAUGUGACAGUUUCUCUCGUCGCGGUGGAAAACAGCGGCUGAGCUCAGAUGUUGUUGUUUUACUGACAUGAGACAAUUCGUCCUGCUGCUCCGCGACAUGUUUCACCCUCAGAACAAAGGAUCACAGCCGCUUCUGCUCUGAACUCCUCCAGCAGCAGAUUUCCUGGACGCCAUGAUUCACUGACGUCAUUUUACAGUAUUUUAGUGUUUAGCUGGGCCAGUCGACGGCCAUGCCGCGAUCAAAUGGCUUCUCCGUCAACGCAGCGUCUUCAGACGAGAGCGAGGACGUGGAGGACGUGGAGGACGUGGAGCCGCUCAUCGAGACAGACGCAGCAGUUCAUCCUCAGUGCUGCUCCGCUCGUCUCAACCUCGCCAUCAUCAUGUUCUUCGGGUUCUCCGUGGUCUACGGUCUCCGUGUCAACCUCAGUGUUGCCAUGGUCGUCAUGGUGAACACCACCGAGCCCACACCGGCCCCGAACAGCUCCAUCGUGCACGCGUGUCCGAUGCCGCCAGGGAUGGAAAACGCCAGUGACACGUUCCCACAACCAGAGGGGGUCCCUCAGUAUCUCUGGGACUCUGAGACGCAGGGCUGGCUCCUGGGGGCCUUCUUCUUCGGCUACCUGUGCACGCAGAUCCCGGGGGGUUACCUGGCCGGUCUCUACGGGGGGAAGGUCUUCAUGGGUUUGGGUGUGCUGGGCACGGCUGCCCUCACCCUCCUCACCCCCAUGGCUGCUCAGCUGGGUGUGACCUGGCUGUUUGCACUACGAGCGCUGGAGGGCUUUGGCGAGGGUGUCACGUUCCCGGCCAUGAUGGCGAUGUGGGCUCGCUGGGCCCCCCCUCUGGAGCGCUCUCGCCUGAUGACGAUGUCGGGAUCCGGGGCAAACUUCGGAGCCUUUGUGGCUCUGCCGCUCACGGGCUUGAUCUGCCAAACACUGGGCUGGCCCGCUGUGUUCUACCUCUGUGGAGGAGCCGGCUGCCUCUGGGCCGUCUUCUGGUUUCUUCUCGUGUCAGAUGACCCUCACACACAUCGUCGAAUCAGCGAAGAGGAGAGAGAUUACAUCAUAAACUCUAUUGGGCCUCAGGGCACAGGUCACGGCUGGUCCGUCCCCGUGCUGCCCAUGCUGCUGUCCGUCCCCCUGUGGGCCAUCAUCGUCACCCAGAUGUGUGCAAACUGGUCCUACUACACCCUGCUCACCUCCCUGCCCACAUACAUGAACAACAUCCUGCACUUUGACCUCAGAUCGAAUGCCCUCCUGUCCGCUCUGCCGUACCUCGGUGCCUGGUUGCUCUCCACGCUGUCGGGCUUCAUGGCUGACGGCCUCAUCGAGAAGCGGCUGCUCAGCGUCACCACCGUGCGCAAGCUCUUCACUGUCAUAGGUCUGUUGUUUCCCGCAGCUUUCCUCGUGGCUGUGGCGUACGCCGGCUGCAGCCACGUCCUCACCGUCACCUUCCUCACACUCUCCAUGACCACCGGUGGGGUCAGCGCCUCCGGAGUCUUCAUCAAUCAGAUAGACAUCGCCCCUCGAUACGCAGGAUUUCUUCUGGGAAUCACCAACACGUUCGGGACCAUCCCCGGUGUCAUGGCGCCGAUAGCGACCGGAUACUUCACCAAACAUCACACGCUGGCAGGCUGGCAGACGGUGUUCUGGGUCGCGGCCGGGAUCAACGUCGGCGGCGCUAUCGUCUACGCGAUAUUCGGCAGCGGGAAGAUUCAGCAGUGGGCCGUCACGGAGGAGGAGAGGGCGGAGGUGGAGGGGAAGAGGAGCAGGUCCAUCUCAACAUAGAAAAAAGUACAAAUAUUCCAGCUCACUUUUUUCUAUAGAGAAAAAAAUACAAUCAACAGGAUGCAUUUGAACCCAGUUUACUGAAAACAGAGACAGUUCUACCUCUGAAAACUCAAUUACAGGAAUAUUAUGCAGCAUUUACUCUCAGAAUGAAGACAGAUGUUAAAAAGAGUUGGCUGCAGAACAACUUUAAUAUUUAAACAUGUCAUAGAAGCAGGACGUCUCGAUGGAGUCGUGUUUUUCUACAGUGUCAGUGCAGUAUUUUUGUGAAUGUGUCACUGGUCUUUUGAAAGUUAAAACAAAGAGUUUUUUAGUUAAUCGAUAGUUUUAAGACUUUGAAAUGAUGGAGCAGUUUUAUCACAUUUCCAGUUGGAAAGAGAAAAGCAGAUUCUCUAAGUGUUGAAGUCAAAUGGACAGAUUUACUAUUUGCAUUGACAUGAUUCAACAGCUGCUGACAGAUAGUUUUUUAAUGUUACGGCUCCUGAAAUAUGACCGAUAUUUACAUGACUACUUUUUGCCCAGUUUUCCUUUGACAGUGAAAACAAUGGGACCAAGCGUUUUAUGAUGAGACCACAUUUCUUAAGCUGCUUUGUUUCCGAAGCAUUUUCCACUAAGACACCAAAAAGCCUUAUGUUCUAUAAGACUGCCAAUGUUUUACAAAACAAACUUUCCAGGAGAGUUUUCUUUUUAUUUAUUAUUUAGAAAAUCACUUUAGUUUUUAUGCCUAACUUCCAAAGCAAUGACUGGAUUUUGUUCAUGUAACUUUUCCAUCAAGAUGCUGCCGUUAUUUUUUAUUUCUUUAAAUGCAAUUUUUAUUGUUUUUAUGCAACACGAAUGGGACUUUAAAAAAAAUAUAUAUAUAUAUAUAUAUAUAUGAGCAUUUUUGUAAGCUUAUACGAGAGAUGUUCCAAUACCUGCACCUGAAAUGCUGAGUCAUGUUCCGAUCAUUUCUCUAAAGCUGCAGUUGAGCUUCACUGCCUCUGGUAAGUUCUGUGUGUUAGACACAGGUCGUUAAAAUAUCAGCCAUUUGGUUACAUGUCACGCUGGGAAAUCCCAAAAUAAAAUGUGAUGGGUACUUCAGUUU